UGGUGAUUGACUCAGAGAAGUUGCUGCAUUUAAUUAGACCUGAUUUAACACUAUUUCUCUCUUAAUACUUCAGGUUGGGAUAUUUUGGGCCAUAUCUGCUUAAAUCACUCAUGUGUUGGCAAAAGGAAGCCCCUCCUGAGGGUGUAAUCUGAAGCCGCUGUUGUAUCGGUGAGUUGCGGCGGCAUUAAGUCACUGCAGUCCUCGACACGCGUUUCAUACGCGUUCAUCAUGUUUUGACGCAUGAAGACAGCGCGGUACUUUCAGCUCGUUUUAAAAUAUCGCAGUGCUGCUUAUGGAUACAAACAGGUAGCGCGUGGAUUUCUUGGACGUACUGUAUUCAUGAUUGUGAAAGCUUCCUGGUUCUCGCGCGACAAACAGCUGUUUGACACCAUCUGCAAAGCGCGAGCUUCGCGAGGGGGUUUAAUUCGCUAACGGCUCCUUUUUUGGACGCACGCACAACGCGUCCUUCCGUCUUUGACCGAGCCGAUGCGUCUCCGCGGGUGACCGUGCGCGGAUAUCAUCAUGUGGCAGCGCGGAUGCCGCUCGGGCUGGACGAGGGCGCGAUGCCAGGACAGCGGGGUCGACCCCGAGCGCGAGCGGCUCUGGGCCGAGCUCUUCGAGCAGCUGGAUCUGAACAAGGACGGGCGGAUCGAUGUGAACGAACUGCGGAUCGGACUCGCCGUCCGCGGGAUGUCGUGGAGCUCGGUGGAGGAGCAGGUUGUACGAGCAGGAGACAUCAAUCAUGACGGUCAGCUGGAUUUCGAAGAGUUCACAGAGUAUCUGCGUUCACAUGAGAAACGCCUCAAGCUCAUGUUUCGCAGCUUGGACCGCAACAACGAUGGUGAAGUAGACGCGGAGGAGAUCCAGCAGUCGUUACACAAUCUCGGCGUGGACAUCUCGUUGGAGCUGGCUGCCAAAAUACUGCAAAGUAUGGACAAAGACCAUUCCAUGACUAUCGACUGGUUCGAGUGGCGAGAUCACUUCCUGUUUAACCCUUUGCACAACAUGGAGGAAAUCGCUCAGUACUGGAAACACUCUGUGAUGUUGGAUAUCGGAGAGCAUUUGACGGUUCCGGAUGAGUUCUCGGAGAAGGAGAAGCAGUCAGGUUUCGUGUGGCGGCAGCUGAUGGCAGGUGCCGUGGCGGGAUCGGUGUCCAGAACAGGAACUGCGCCGCUCGACAGACUCAAGGUCUUCCUGCAGGUGCACGGCCAGAGCUCUGAUAAGGGGAACGUGUGGCGUGGGCUCCGCGCGAUGGUGAAGGAAGGCGGUCUCGCUGCGCUGUGGAGGGGGAACGGCAUCAACGUGCUGAAGAUCGCGCCCGAGACAGCCAUCAAAUUCCUGGCCUAUGAACAGAUUAAGCGCUUGAUGAGAGGCAGUAAAGAAGGAGUAACUCUGAAAGUCCAGGAGAGAUUCGUCGCUGGAUCACUGGCGGGAGCUACAGCUCAAACUAUCAUAUACCCAAUGGAGGUGCUAAAGACUCGUCUAACUCUUCGUAAAACAGGACAGUAUUCGGGCAUGGCGGACUGCGCCAAGCAGAUCCUGCAGAAGGAGGGCGUUCUGGCGUUUUAUAAAGGAUACCUGCCCAACAUGCUGGGCAUCAUCCCGUAUGCAGGCAUAGACCUUGCCGUCUAUGAGACGCUGAAGAACGCCUGGCUGCAGCGGCACACGGAGGGCUCGCCCGACCCGGGCGUCAUGGUGCUGGUGGGCUGCGGCACGGUGUCCAGCACCUGUGGACAGCUGGCGUCGUACCCGCUCGCCCUCAUCCGAACACGCAUGCAGGCUCAGGCGUCAGUGAAGGGGGCUCCUCAGCUGUCCAUGUUGACCCUGUUCAGGAAUAUCGUGGCCCAGGAGGGUGUGGUGGGACUCUACCGAGGCAUCGCUCCGAACUUCCUCAAGGUCAUCCCGGCGGUCAGCAUCUCCUACGUCGUCUACGAGCACAUGAGGAAAGUACUGGGAGUGGGAACCUGAGAGAGAGAGAGAGAGAGAGUCAGGUCAUGAGAAAAAACAGACUCCAAUUAAACCUGACAGAAUGAUAAGACCAGUUUAUUUAAGCCUACAAUAUAUAAGAUCACUGGAGUGAUGUUCACCAAAAACAGCGGAUGUGAGGAUGAACGAUGAACUGAUAGAAAACACUGAAAUAUGCAGAAUCUAAGUGCUGUCCUGAUCCAUUCCUGAAUUACUGAGGUUCAUGAUGUGUUCUUCAUGUCAACAGGGCCCUGAUAUUCAGGUAUACAGGGUACACUCCUCUGGACGCGGUAAAAUGAACGCUUGUGUGUAUGUGUCUGUGUGAGCAUGUGCUGUACUGCGUGUAUGUGUGUGUGUGUUUAACCCAGUGCACACACUACUGAACACCAAAUGGGAAUGGACAAUAAACUAACUUCCUUCUUUUGAACUCAUA